AUGGUUAGAUUCAGGAAAGGUUCCAUUGGAUUGGCGUGUGACAUAGAGGGGAUGUACCACCAAGUGGGGGUGGACAAAGACUACAGAAAUAUACUUAGAUUCCUAUGGUGGGACAAGGGUGACCUAACCACGCAACCCACUGAGUACCGGAUGGCAGCGCAGUUAUUUGGAGGAGCAUCAUCUCCGUCGUGUGCUAAAUUUGCUCUCCGGACAGCAGCAGACGAAUUUGAGUCCAAGCAUGGCAAACUUGCAGCUGACUUUGUUAGAGACGACUUUUAUGUUGCUGAUGGUGUCACGUCUCUGGAUUCAGUUGAAGAUACCCUUGAACUUGUGACAAACUCAAUCAAACUCUGUGGUGAACGCGGAUUUCGUUUACAUAAGUUUGUCUCCAAUGACAGAUGGGUCCUUGACGCUGUCCCAACAUCAGAAAGAGGGAAGAACAUCCAGCACCUAGAUCUAAGACAAGAUGAGCUCCCUUUAGAGAGAACGCUGGGAAUGGAGUGGCAUGUGAAGUCCGAUUGCUUCCGAUUCUCUGUUAAUCUCAAGGAUAAGCCUUUAACCAGUAGAGGCAUACUGUCCACCGUAUCAUCAAUAUUUGACCCCCUUGGCCUGGUGUCCCCGGUUCUCCUUCAAGGAAAGAUGAUUCUGCAAGAUCUGUGCCACCAGAAAGCAGACUGGGAUGACCCAAUUCCCGAUAAAAUCCGAAUGAGAUGGGGAAAAUGGAGAAUGGAACUGAUGACCCUCAAAGAGCUGCAGAUUCCAAGAUGCUUGAAGUCCAUGAAUUUCGGAACCAUUCAGAAGGCAGAACUUCACAGCUUUGCUGAUGCAAGUGAAUACGCUUACGGACAAUGCAGUUACCUGAAGUUGGUGGAUGAAAGUGGACAAGUUGAAACUGCAUUGGUGAUGUCCAAGGCCAGAGUUGCACCAGUAAAGGUUGUGAUGAUACCAAGAUUGGAGUUGACGGCGGCUGUUACAUGUGUGAAGGUCGGAACGUUCCUGAAUAGGGAGUUGAAGAUUGAAGACCUCGAAUUGCGUUACUACACUGACAGUACUGUUGUCCUGGGAUACAUUUCUAACGAGACCAAGAAAUUCCAUAUCUUCGUCGCGAACAGAACUCAACAUAUCAGAGAUGUGUCAUCACCCCAGCAGUGGAGCCAUGUAAACACUACAGAAAACCCAGCCGACAUAGCGUCUAGAGGGUCAGAUGCCAAAUAA